AUGUACUUGGCAGUACCAGUAGCUUUGCCUGCAUGCGAGAUAUUAAUAAGGCCAUUCAGAUCAAGUAUCAACACGGUAAAGAUUUUGAAAGUCACUGUGUAUCCUGGAAACGUGUUGAGUUUGUACAUGUCAAGGCCAACAAAAUUCAAAUACGAAAGCGGUCAAUACAUGUUUCUAAACUGCCCAACAAUCUCAACAUUUGAGUGGCAUCCAUUUUCAAUAACUUCUUCGCCUCAAGAUGAUUAUCUGAGCAUCCAUAUAAAAGUAAUGGGAGAUUGGACAAAUGCUCUCAAAGAAGUUCUCUAUGAGGUGUGUAUGCCACCUCCGGUGUGUCAUGUUAAUAUUGAUAUGGUAGACCAACCAAGUUUUCCCAAAAUCAUGGUCGAUGGUCCAUACGAUGCACCGGCACAGGACUACAAGAAAUAUAAGGUGGUUUUACUGGUCGGGCUUGGGAUUGGGGUCGCCCCAAUGAUCAGCAUUAUCAAGGACAUCAUCAAAUAUACGGAGGCCAGGGAACAUUCCCAACUCAACGGAACAGUGACUCGAAAGGCUUACUUCUACUGGCUAACAAAGGAGCAAGGCUCAUAUAAUUGGUUUGAAAACAUCAUGAAUGAGGUAGCAGAACGCGACACAAAUGGGGUCAUAGAAGUAAAUAACUAUUGCACUAGCGUCUACGAAGAAGGAGAUGUUCGUUCUGCGUUCAUACAAAUGCUUCAGUCUCUGAACUAUUCCAAAAACGGUGUGGACAUUGUCUCUGAGACAAGGGCCAUGACUCACUUCGCCAAACCUAACUGGCAAAACGUCUACAAACAGAUAGCCAUGGAUCACUCUGGCUCUCAUGUUGGAGUGUUUUAUUGUGGAGAAGUCGCAUUGGCAGAUGAGUUAAGGCAGCUAGCUUUGGAGUUCACACACAAGACAGCAACUAGAUUCUCCUUCCACAAAGAGAACUUCUACCCACAAUGCUGA